AUCGGAUUCAUACCCUUCCUCACACCCGUCUCCCGCUACAAUGCGUUCCAUUCUUUUCCUCCUCGCCUUCAUCUCCUCCGUUUUCGCCUACUCGAUUACCAGCCCGAACAGUAACCAAGGGUGGACUAACCAAGGUGCUCAGCUCCUUACCUGGACACGCGUCAACACCGACAGACUGAACUUUACCGUCGUACUCACCAACCAGAACAUCACAGGCUUCCAACCAGUGGUUCUGGCGACGUCGGUGGAUGGAACUCUGGGCUCUGCGCCCAUGAACACCCCAAGCGGAGGGUGGCCCUCCCCAGGGGGCAGCUUCCGAGUUAACCUCGUUCAAGAUGCCAACAACCUGGACGCCAUCCUGGCCCAGUCGAACCAGUUCAACAUUACUCAAGGAACGUCCACCAUCUCGUCUUCGUCCACCAAAGGUUCCACCACGCGCUCUGCCAGUUCUGCCACCGGUUCUACCACAGGUUCCGCUACGGGUUCCGCCGAUUCAAGUUCCACCCAAACUUCAACGAGCAAAUCUAACAAUGCCGUUAAAUCGGAGUUCACCAUGUCAAGUUUGCUCGCGUUCAUCUCCAUGAUGGGAUUCGUCCUCUCAUAAUGGGACAACACCAGACCAUGGAGAGGAUGUCUGCGAAGGAAUGACGGACGAGGGGUGGCGGCGGUUACGUGGCAAGUGGUAUGAAAGCGAACGGUGUAGGCGAGGGCGUUGGCCGAUUACCACUGCAAAGGACUCUGGGAUGUCGGAGAUGUAGUUUUGGACUUUUAGACUAUUUACUAUACUAUACUUACUUUGUUCACGCACUCACGGAUAUUUUUGAAUACCAGCUAGGAGUGAAUGCCGUU